UCCAGCAGCUGGGGGUGGUGGGUAAAUAUUGUCCCAGCUGCGUCCCCCAGUCCUGCCAGAGACCUGACACGACCCUUGUUUACCCCGGAUCAAAGCGAAGCUCCGGCUCCAGAGUCUGUAUCAGGGCAGAGCAGGCUGGUCUCCAGCACAGAGCGUGGGGGAGAGGGAGGAAGAAGGACCCAGAGGCGGGUGACGUGUGUGUAUCCCCUUGCGCCUGCCCGUCUGCCUGCACCCCAGGAAUGGGGGCCCCAGUAACCUGCCUGCUGCUGCUCCUGCACCUCACAGCUGGGACGUCUGCAGAGCCGCACUAUGUGGUGGUGAGCCCAGCCGAGCUCUACCACCCGCACACGGGGACGGUGUCAGUUCAUCUCGGCGACCUCAACGAGACCGUCCGGGUGAGCGUCCGGCUGGAGAGGGGGGAUGGGCCCAGCGCUAUCACCCUGCUGGAGAGAGAGGUCCGGGAGCCCCGACUGCACGAGAACGUGUGCUUCCAGGUUCCAGCCCCGUCCGGGGGGCAGCAGGAAGUGGCAGAGCUGCACGUCUCGAUCCGGGGAGAUGCCCUGCAGUUCUCUGAGCGGAAUAAGGUGCUGCUGCGGGCGCUGCAGCCCGGGACCUUUGUGCAGACGGACAAGGCCGUCUACAAGCCGGGACAGACAGUGAAGUUUCGAAUCGUCAGUUUGGACAAAGACUUCAUUCCCAGUACCCGGAAGCUGCCCCUGGUGACUGUACAGGAUCCCAGCGGGAACCGCAUCGCCCAGUGGCGAGAUGUGACUCCGCAGCAGGGCAUCGUGGAUCUGUCCCUCCCGCUGUCUGCAGAGCCGGCCCUGGGGACGUACGCCAUCGAGGCGCAGGGGACGAGGCACUCGUUCAGCGUGGAGGAAUACGUGCUGCCCAAGUUCGAAGUGACUCUGGAGCUGCCCCCCGUGGUGACGGUGCUGGAUGAGACGCUCCUGCUGCGGGUGUGCGGCCGAUACACCUACGGGAAGCCCGUCCUGGGGAGGGUCCAAGCCAGCCUGUGUCGGAAGGCACAACCAGCAUAUCACUGGAACCAUCUUCAUGCCAAGAGAACCGGGACUCUGUGCACGGAGCUUACCGGCCAGACUGACAGCAACGGCUGCUUUUCCAGAGAGGUGGGGAUGGCUCCCUUCAACCUGACCCGCUCUGGCUAUGAGAUGAGCCUCCAGGCCCAUGCGUCUCUCGUGGAGGAGGGGACAGGGGUGGAGCUCAAUGUGACCAAGAGCUGUGACAUCGUGUCUGAAAUCGCUACGGUGACCUUUGAGGAUGCUGAUGAGACUUACAAGGCUGGAAUCCCCUACAUUGGCAAGAUGCUCCUGAAGGUGGCAGGUGGCUCUGUGCUGAAGAAUGAGAAGCUGCAGCUCUUUGUUAGCUCUGGGGAUGAGAAUAAGAACCAGACCUUCCUGACGGACGAGUCUGGCAGAGCCUCCUUCGAGCUGGACACCUCCGGCUGGACCGGGAGGAUCACUCUGAGGGGGCACUUCAAGCAGGUGAACGACAGCGCUGAGCAUGACAGAGUCUCUCCUAGUUACCGGGAUGCCCAUCGUCACCUGGAGCCCUUCUACUCCAAGAGCCAGAGUUUCCUGAAGAUCCGCGGGCUGGGAGGGGCGCUGCCCUGCGACCAGGCCCAGCAGCUCCAGGUGGAUUACGUCAUUGCUAGGGAGGCCCUGGGGAAUGGGUCCAGGAGCCUGGAGUUCAUCUUCCUGGUCGUGGCCAAGGGAGCCAUCGCCAGGAUCCUCCACAAGGGGCUGGACCUCAGGAAGGGGGCUGGGCUGAAGGGCUCCUUCUCUGUGGAGCUGCCCGUCGGCGCUGACCUGGCGCCCGCUACCAAGGUGCUGGGUUACACGGUGCUGCCCGAUGGCGAGAUGGCUGCCGACCGCGCCCGGCUGCAUGUGGCCAAGUGCCUCCCGAACAAGGUGAAGCUGGCCUUCUCGCAGGACCGGGCCCUGCCGGGCUCAGAGCUCCAGCUGCGGGUGCAGGCUGCCCCCGGGUCCCUGUGCGCCGUCCGCGCUGUGGAUCAGAGUGUGCUGCUCAGGAAGCCCGAGGCCGAGCUCAGCGUUGACACGGUCUAUAACUUGCUCCCUGAUUUUCCCCGAGGAGACUAUCCCGACUCAGUGCGAGAGCCUGAGUCAUGUGAUGAAUCGCCCAUGACUAUAGGGAUUAGCAGCCGGACUCCCACACUGGCUAACGCCUACAGCCUGUUUAAGGAUGCGGCUUUGAAAAUUCUCACCAACACCAAUGCCAAGCAGCCCUGUGAACAUGGACUCUCAAUGGACUUUUAUUAUGACUCUGAAUUCGGAUACCACACAGUAGUAUCUUUUCUAGACAUGAUCCCUGAGGCAGAAAGUGUGGAUAGUGAAGCAGGGACCCCAGCGAUCAAUGGCCUGCUAGCACCAGGACCCAGCACCCAGGAGGAGGCAGCGCCACGUGUGUACUUCCCAGAGACGUGGCUGUGGGACCUGGUGCCUGUGGGCGAGGGGGGCACCAAGGACGUCCCAGUCUCGGUGCCCGACACCAUCACGGAGUGGAAAGCUGGGAUGUUCUGCACGGCGGAGCUGGGCUUUGGGCUCUCACCCACGGCCACCUUCACGGCCUUCAAACCCUUCUUUGUGGAGCUGGCCUUGCUGUACUCCGUGAUCCGGGGAGAGGCCUUCGCCCUAAAGGCCACCGUCUUCAACUACCUGCGGCAGUGCAUCAAGGUGCGGGUGACGCUGGCAGAGUCUGCGCAGUUCCAGGUGCAGGCGGGCGAGGACGGCGCCUACACCAGCUGCCUCUGUGCAGACGAAGGGAAAACCUUCCAGUGGGAGGUGACGGCGAGCAGCCUGGGGGAGGUGAACUUCACCGUCAGCGCCGAGGCUCUGCACACCGAGGAGCUGUGCGGCAACGAGCUGGCCGUGGUGCCGGCCCAAGGGCGAGUGGACACUGUGAUAAAGCCCCUGCUGGUCCAGCCGGGGGGGAUCCUGGAGGAGAAGGCGCACAGCUCCCUGCUCUGCCAGGAAGCCUCCGAAGAAAUCUCCUUGCAGCUGCCUGUGAAUGUCCUGGCAGGGUCCGAGCGGGCCCAUGUGACUGUCCUGGGAGACAUAAUGGGCACGGCUCUGCAGAACAUAGACCGCCUGCUGGCCAUGCCCUACGGCUGCGGGGAGCAGAACAUGGUCCGGUUCGCUCCCAACAUCUACAUCCAGCAGUACCUGGAGAAGAGCGGGCAGCUGAGCCCAGAGAUCAGAGACAAAGCCAAGGGUUUCCUCCAGAGCGGCUACCAGCGUGAGCUGCUCUAUAAGCACAACGACGGCUCUUACAGCGCCUUUGGGGAGAGCGACGCCACGGGCAACACCUGCAGGCCUGUUCCUUUGGGACUACUCCCUGCUACCCCCCGACCGGCUCUUCACAAAGUCAUCAGCCAGCCGCCCUGCAUGUCGCGGGUUCUCUGGCUUUUGGUCCCUCAACCACAGCCUCAGGUCGGGUGGGCACCGUUCAUACAGUUGCUCCAGUACCAGCAGUUUAACCAGGUCACACUUAAGGCGCUUAGCAUACAUCUUCCUGCUGGCCACUUGCAGGCCUGGGUGAUCACUGCUCCCCUCGGUUUCGAGGGAGACCCCUAGCAUGCCAGUCCUUCUUGAGGUCACCACCUCUCUGCCAGAGUCGAGCUGCAGACUCCUCCGCCCCAGGACCGCUCGCUGCAAUCCCCCGGGAGACCCUGUUACUGCAAAAGUCCUUCUCACUGGGCACACGCUCCCAGGGGUUAAUCACCCCUGAAAUCGUCCCUUCGUUUUACUGCUCCCCAGUCACUUACUGCAGGAAGCACCGUCCAUGGGGUGCAUUCAAUCCCA